GUUGUCUUACCAUGUUGGGUAUUCAUUUGACCGUGUUUCUGGUGCUGCAGUGCAGCCUGUUGGUUCUAGGAGGCGUUUGCCUAAUCCCACAGCCCAUUAAGAGACAUAGAUCUUUAAAGGAUGAACUGGAAAAAGUGUGGAAAUACUCGCCCCGUUUGGAUGGUCGUAUUGUGGGAGGCCAUCGUAUCAACAUCACGGAUGCCCCCCAUCAAGUCUCUCUCCAGUCUUCGAGCCACAUCUGUGGAGGUUCCAUUAUAUCGGAGGAAUGGAUUCUCACGGCUGCCCAUUGCACUUAUGGAAAAACUGCUGACAGGCUGAAGAUUCGCUUGGGAACUUCGGAAUUCGCCCGUCAUGGUGAACUGCUCCGAGUCCAGAAGAUUGUCCAGCACGAGAAGUUCAACUACACCAAUGUGGACUAUGAUUUCUCCCUCCUCCAGCUGCAACAUCCCAUCAAGUUCGAUGAAACCAAAAAGGCCAUUAAGCUCCCGGAAUCGCAGAUGAAAUUCAUGGAUGGAGAGACCUGCUUUGUGAGCGGCUGGGGCAAUACCCAGAAUCUUCUAGAGUCCAGGGAGUGGCUGCGACAGGUGGAAGUGCCCCUCGUGAAUCAGGAGCUAUGCAGUGAAAAGUACAAGCAGUACGGUGGAGUUACGGAGCGUAUGAUCUGCGCCGGAUUCCUGGAGGGCGGCAAGGAUGCGUGCCAGGGUGAUUCCGGCGGUCCCAUGGUCAGUGAAUCGGGUGAGCUGGUGGGCGUGGUCAGCUGGGGAUACGGUUGUGCCAAGCCCGAUUAUCCGGGAGUGUAUUCUCGCGUGAGUUUCGCCCGGGAGUGGAUCAAGGAGCACAGUGGAGUUUAG